GCGGCCACCGGCGGCUCUUCCCCGCAGCGCUCGCCAUGGAGCCGGGCACCAUCGACAACCUCUGCAUCCUGUACCAGAGCCCUGACUUCAUCGUGGUCAACAAGCACUGGGACAUCCGCAUCGACAGCAAGAUGUGGUACGAGAAGCUGACGCUGCAGAGCCAGCUCAAGCACCGCUUCCCCGAGCUCGCCGACCCCGGCACCUACUACGGCUUCAGGUUCUGCCACCAGCUGGACUUCUCCACGAGCGGGGCGCUGUGCGUGGCGCUCAACAAGGCGGCGGCGGGGAGCGCCUACAAGUGCUUCAAGGAGCGGCUGGUGACCAAAGCCUACCUGGCGCUGGUGCGGGGCCACGUGGAGGAAACGCGGCUGACGAUCCGGCAUGCCAUCGGCAAGAACACGAGCGAGGGCAUGACCCACAUGAUGUGCAUCGAGGGCACGGAGGGCUGUGAAAACCCCAAGCCCUGCCAGUCGGAGCUCAUCGUCCUCGAAUACGGAUCCUACAGUGGAGACCCCGUAACCAAAGUGCUGCUGCAGCCGCUCACAGGGCGGACACACCAGCUCCGGGUUCACUGCAGCGCCAUCGGCCACCCCAUCGUGGGGGACUUCACCUACAGCCACAAGAAGGACAGUAGCCCCUACAGGAUGAUGCUCCACGCCUACUACCUGCGCAUCCCCACCGGGAAGGAGCUCAUCGAGGUCUGCGCGCCCGACCCCUUCGUCACCGCCAUGGACAGCAACUGGGUGCCCCACCAUGUCACCCACCGGCUGGAUGAGACCAUCCAAGAGCUGAAGGAUAAGAUGAUCCGGAAAGGGGAAGAGGAAGAGAGCGAAAACGCGGUGCUGAGCCCCAGAGAAGAGGCCCCGGGCAGCGUGGGCAGUGCGGAGGCGGAGGAGCAGCGAGCCAAGUGUGAGCAGUGGUUGGCCGAGUGGGCUUUGGAGUGAGCGACUCGCCUUUCCGCUUCGCAACCCAAAGCCCCAUUUUUGUCCUAGUGGGUCCUGGCCAGCGUCCCCACCAAGCCCAGAACUGACCACAUCUGCACUGGUUGUACACCGCAGUCCCCUUCACUCCUGGGCCCGGCAUGCGACAGAUCUCAUCAGCAGCUGGGGCUGCCUUGGGUUUUAUGCUCCUCCUCGCCUGCCUGAUCCCCGGGUGCCGGUCCCGCGCUCCGUGCCUCCGCAGCAGAGUUAGCGUGUCCCGCGGCAGCCUUGAGCGCAGCUUGGGCCCUGUGCCGGGGCUCCGACACGGCGGGACGAGCACGGACACGAGCCCUGCCAGGAAGGUGCCGGUGAUGCCUGCAGACCCAGUGCAAAGCCAGAGAGCUCCCAGUGGAAGGACAGGGAGGUGACUCGAAUGUCCUGCCGGAUGCAGCCCCGGGGGCUGUUUCCCGCGUUCCCACCCGGCUGCUUUGGGGCACAGGGUGACUUUCCUGCCGCUUCUGGGGGCUUCGAUGGCCAAACGGCGACGUGCGGAGCAGGAAGGGUCCCCGGAGCACCGCAGAAGGUCGCGGAUCCCUCCCUCUCCCUGCCGACAUCCUGGCUCCAUCCAACCACCGGUAUUUUUUAAGGAUUUGUUGAAGAUGAAUGGAUUAAUACUAUGUGAUUUUAAACUUUUUUUCUUUUUUUUUUUUUCAUAUUUCUAUGAAGAGAAUCUAGUCUUUUAGCAGUUCUGAAAUACCGAGGGCCUCGGAAAUGCGUGUAUUUUUAGUACUUGUACCUGAAAUAGCCAGCAUCAUUAAGCUAUUUUUAAUAGAUCUGAUUAUUCUUUCUACCAGGGUCUGCUUUUCUUAGCACCCACUUUUAUUCUGGAUACAUUUGCAGCCCCGCUGGGGCAGGAUCAGAAGGUUAAAGCCUCCCUCUGCCUUUCCUCACUGUCAGGGAGCAAGGAGCCCGUUUUUGUCUGACUGCUUGAACACCAGCACUAGAGGGUGCUGGAGAUGGGUCUUCCAGUUGGCAACCAGCCGGGAGAAGAGGCUGAAGCUGUAAGAAAACACGAGGGCUAAUGAGUGGCGGGAAGGAAGGUCGCGUUUCGCGCUGGAGCUUGCAGCACACGGAGAAAAGUCAGCCUGAACAUUCCCAUGCUCGGCCAGCCCACCCGUCCUGCCUCUGCGCUCCCGCUCGCCCGCGCUGCUCCUCUGCAGCCCUCGCAGCGGGUUUUGAAGGGCGAGAGAAGAGGUUGCCUGGGGUGGCGCUGGGAGAGAGCCCCGAGGCU